AUGGCGGACCGCUUGACGCAACUUCAAGACACAGUUAAUCAGUUCCCGGGUUUCGACCGAAUAGGAACUCCUCAGCCGCAAGAAGACUACGCGGCUUUAUUCGCGACGCUGAUCAUCAGGUGCGCCAAGGACAUCGACACCCUGAUCGAGAGCUUGCCGAGCGAGGAGUCUUCCCAAGAGCUCCAAGUAGCGAGUCUCAGCCGCCUCGAGCAAGAGAACCUGGAAGCCGGCGAGCAGCUGGAAGAAGUCGUUCGCCAAGGCGAAGCUCUCUUGCAGCGCAUCCAGGCCGCGUUGCAAGAUAUUGCUCAGAGCCAGCUUGACAUGCAGAAUCCCAUCGCGCCGACAGCUUCGUCGCUCAAUUCUGGGAUUAAUUCUACUCAGUUUCAGCAAGAGGCUUUUAAUUCUAACUCUGUGUCUGGUAAUGGAUCCAAUUCUCAUGCCAGUCACACGCCUGAAGCUUCUGCUGCUUCAAUUAGAUCAACUUAA